CCAGUGCCAUUCCUCCCCCACCGCAAGUCUGCCACCCACCCCUCCUCCCCCUGUGCAUGCACCCUGCAGCCUCCCUCCCUCCCUGACAUUCUGCUAUUCCUAGCCCCCCCCCCCCCCCCGGCCCCAGCCUUGCGCCCACUCUUCAGCGUGGCAUUUACCCCUCCUCCCCCCGUGCAUGCACCCUGCACCCUGCCUCCCUCCCGGCCAGCCCUUGCGCUCUUCCCAUCCCCCCAGCCUGGCACCACGCCAUCCGGCCCCCUCCCCCGUGCCACCCCCCACGCCCAGGCUGGCAUCGCCCUGCCCCGGGCCGCCCCUCUGCCCGCGCCCCCCCGCCCGGCCCUGCUGCAUUGUGGUCCCUCCGGCAGCGCGCAGCGAAGAUGGCUGAGAGGCAGAAGCACGACGGGCGGGUGAAGAUCGGGCACUACGUGCUGGGGGACACCCUCGGCGUCGGCACCUUCGGCAAAGUCAAGAUUGGAGAACACCAGCUGACAGGACAUAAAGUAGCCGUAAAAAUUUUAAAUAGACAGAAAAUUCGGAGCUUGGAUGUGGUUGGGAAAAUCAAGAGAGAAAUUCAAAACCUAAAACUCUUUCGGCACCCUCAUAUUAUCAAACUAUACCAGGUCAUCAGCACUCCAACGGAUUUUUUCAUGGUAAUGGAAUAUGUAUCUGGUGGCGAAUUGUUUGAUUACAUCUGUAAGCAUGGACGUGUGGAAGAUGCGGAAGCUAGACGCCUUUUCCAGCAGAUUCUCUCUGCAGUGGAUUACUGUCACAGGCAUAUGGUUGUCCACAGAGACCUGAAACCAGAGAAUGUGCUGCUGGAUGCACACAUGAAUGCCAAGAUAGCUGAUUUUGGGUUGUCGAACAUGAUGUCAGAUGGUGAAUUUCUGCGAACCAGCUGUGGCUCCCCAAACUAUGCAGCUCCUGAAGUCAUCUCCGGAAGGUUGUAUGCUGGGCCUGAGGUGGAUAUCUGGAGUUGUGGUGUUAUUCUCUAUGCUCUUCUCUGCGGGACGCUGCCAUUUGAUGACGAACACGUUCCCACGCUCUUUAAGAAGAUCCGUGGAGGUGUUUUCUACAUCCCCGAAUACCUCAACCGUUCAGUUGCCACUCUCCUCAUGCACAUGCUGCAGGUUGACCCACUCAAGCGAGCAACCAUCAAGGACAUAAGAGAACACGAGUGGUUUAAACAAGACUUGCCCAGUUACUUGUUUCCAGAGGAUCCUUCUUACGAUGCCAAUGUCAUUGAUGAUGACGCAGUGCGGGAAGUUUGUGAGAAGUUUGAAUGCACGGAGUCGGAGGUGAUGAACAGCUUGUAUAGUGGUGACCCACAAGACCAGCUUGCAGUAGCUUACCACCUUAUCAUUGACAAUCGGAGAAUCAUGAAUCAAGCCAGUGAGUUCUACCUCGCCUCUAGUCCGCCCACUGGCUCAUUUAUGGAUGACAGCACUAUGCACAUACCUCCGGGGGUGAAACCGCACCCAGAGCGGAUGCCUCCUUUAAUAGCAGACAGUCCCAAAGCACGGUGUCCCUUGGAUGCACUGAAUACUACCAAGCCAAAAUCUCUGACUGUGAAAAAAGCCAAGUGGCAUCUAGGAAUCCGCAGUCAAAGCAAACCGUAUGACAUUAUGGCUGAAGUGUACCGAGCUAUGAAACAGCUGGAUUUUGAAUGGAAGGUGGUGAACGCCUAUCAUCUUAGAGUGCGUCGAAAGAAUCCGGUGACCGGGAAUUAUGUGAAAAUGAGUUUACAGCUUUACCAGGUUGACAAUCGCAGCUACCUUUUGGACUUUAAAAGCAUUGAUGAUGAUGUCAUGGAGCAGAGGUCAGGCUCAUCCACACCACAGCGCUCAUGCUCUGCGGCUGGCUUGCACAGACCAAGACUGAGUAUUGAUUCUACCACUGCUGAAUUCCAGUCGCUUACUGGAUCCCUGACUGGCUCCUUGAUGGGGAGCGUGGCCUCCGUUACGCCACGCCUGGGUAGCCACACCAUGGAUUUUUUUGAAAUGUGUGCCAGUCUGAUCAUGGCAUUAGCUCGCUGAUGCUCAGUGCUGAGGCACCUGUCCCUCGACACGCGUGAUUGCACGGAGAAUCUGGUCCUAGGUGGUUUCUUUUUCCGUUUGUUUUGUCGUAUCCUGGGCAUAGCGUACACUGUUGUGCACAAACACCCCCUCCAGACCCAAAUACUCCCUUCGGUGGCUCCAGUUCCCAUUACGAAGCACUGAGGGAAACUAGAAACGGGUUUGUCUCAUUUAUUACACUAGUUUCACCACAGUAUAAACCAAACUGCUUUUACUAGUGAAGAUGAAAUGUGAAAAACUGGGCCUGGUUUUAAAACAGUAACUGCAUCAGUAAGCAACCCUUCCCGCAGUGCUGCCUGUCUUUACGUAUGGAAACUUGGCUGAGCCUCAAUAUCUACAAUAUGGAUAUUCUCUAGUGACAUAUAUAUUGUAUCCCCUCUGCUAGUCAAGGGGGCUCACUUGCGUGAACCAGAUGAGAGGUAUAAACAAGUAACUAUAUUAAACAAAAUCCAGCUCUAAUAAAACUCCUGCAAUAUUUACAAACUGAUGCCAGCCAACCUCUGUGAACAGCUCUGGCAUAAAAACCAGCAGCUGCGUGGAGGUUUCUGGGAUCUUGGAACAUGCAACCCCGUUUUAGAUAUCAGGUGGCAGAAGUGCAGGGUCACAUAUGAGACACGGCUCACAUCCCUCAGAGACCUUCACACAUUAAGGCUUUGAAUUAGAGAGAGCUGUUUCCCAGAAGAUUUCUCCCUCCCUCCUCCUGCUUUGGGUCUAUGGAAUAGUCCUGGCCUGGUGGCCUCCUUUUAAUGUUCAAGGCUACUUGGUUUUCCCCCCUCUCUGGCCACCAAUUGCAUUGCACAAUAUAUACUCAACCUGCUUUUGGUCACGUUAGGGCUCCUGUAAAUUACUACAAGCCUUGCCUCACCUCCUACCAAGUAUUUCAGAUAGCUGUCUUGUAAGCAGCACAGAUUUCUGACCUGAGGAAAAAUUCUUAACUUCUCAGUAGAUGAAGCCGAUGCCCAGGUUUGUGCAACGCUCUGUUUAACAUUUCUGAGCGGUGAGAAAUAGUCACUGGUCUCCCUUUCAGAGUAUCAGCCCUCCUGAGCAGAAGCAAGUGUGGGGGAGGUAGAGGGACUGGGUGGAGAGAGCUAUUAGAACACACUACACUGAAGGUACUUGGUAGGAGCAAAGGAAAAAAGAAUCUAGACGAGGGAUUUCUGGAGGGAGAGAGCCUGAGAGAUUGUUGGGGAGUUGACACUGUCUGGGUGGUAUUAUCAAGGGCAGUGGGGAAGGGGGGGGGGAGGAGAGAACCACUCCAUUCUGCUCCUCACCCCAUUAGCUGCCCAGGCCCAUCCCAAUCCUCGUUCAGCCCAUAAGUGAGAAAUAGCUGGAUUGCUUAAGUGGUAGUGGCAGUUUUCCUUUGUGAAAUGCACAGGCACCUGGGAGUUUCCAUAGGGUUUAUAUUUCAAAUGAUCUUUCUCAGAGCAGGUCCUUUUCUUUAUCCUUGAUCCCUUUCCCAAGUCAGCUGCCAAAUGUACCUUACCAGUCCUACAGCGCAGAGGGUCUCCCUCUUGUACUGUUUCAGGAUAGUCAGCAGUUAAGUUUCAAAGUGGCGUUCCAGACUGUAGGGCUUUCAUGUACUUCAAACACUUAAUAGACUGUGACCUUCGCUGCUAUAGUGAUAAGGCAGGGAUGUCUUAUAGAUUUAUUAUUUCUUUACUAUUGGCUAACUGAAGGAUAAGCUUUUGCUAAAAUAAAGAGAGAGACGUGUAAGGUUAAAAGUUUUGUUACACAAGGGUAAACUCCAUGUAUGAACUUUUACCAAAAACUUUUUUUUUUAAAAUGACUUAGGAAUUAAAUACCAUAGCAUAACUAGGCAAAUGCCAAUGGUACCCAUUAGAUUAAGCCUAUCACCUGACUAUCAGAGACCAGGGUCAAACUAAUCAAGUCAAGAAACAGACACUGCAUGAAAACAUUGCCAAAAAUCUUGACUGUAUUUAAAAAUGUAAAAGGAGAAUUUUGGCAAGGGGGCUGCUUCCACGUUAGUGAAAACGAUCAUUCUACUUGUAAAGCUAUUAAAAACAGUCCAUAAGGUUCUUUGGCUAGGAACUAUUUAUUGUGUUAUUAAACUCCACUAUACAUCCUGAAAGUUUCUAUAAGAAGCAAGAAAAAAUCAUCAUACAUUGGGCCUUUUGUCUUAAUCAUUUGAGAUAAUGUAGACAAAUAUGGGAUAUUUUGCUACCUACUGGCCAUUAGUGGGACACUUUCAGCUUAAAAAAAAAAAAAAAGACUAAUUUUUAAAAACAAGUUGCCUUACUUUUGUUGCAGAUCACACCUUAGACUUACACAAGUGUAACUUUACAACUCUGGCUUUUCCACUAUCUGUGCCCAUUAUUUACUCUCUGCCUGUCUUUCAGGUUAGACAAGGAGAGCAGCGUAGUCUGUUUCAAAAUCAAUUUCACUGUCAGAGUCCUGUAUACAGUACUAGCCCAGUGCUGCAGUAUUUGAAUUACAAGCCCUGCAGCAGAAUGACUGUGCUUUUCAAAGAAACGCAAGGAAUGCAUUGUCGGGUUCUUUGCUUGUUACAUAACCUAUUUUUGAAAAAAUAAAAUAAAAUACUGUAGGGUGGAGGGAUCGCCAUGGCUUUGAACCUGUGCCUGGUAUUUGUAAAAUUUUACAAGCCUUUUGCUUGUGUGUCAGUGAUGAUGCAAGUUAGUAGAGAAUCCAGCCCCCUACCUCUAUACAUUUGGGGCCAAAUGUGAUUUCCUUCUGGCCCCUGUAAGUUCAUGUCACUUUUGUAAUAGGGAUUCCAGUUUUGUCCAGGCAUCGCUUACCUAGCAUUUUAAACACAAAAAGUAACAGAACUUUGUUCUUCCGUUGAAAAAUACAGUGCUGAUAAUGUACCUCAGGAUCCUGCAGACCCAGGCCCAUGCCUGGAGAAAGUAGAAAGUGAUGCACAUGACCUGCAUAAAAUGUCUGCUCCAAAUUUUUUACGACACCUUUGGGGAAAAAACCCUGGGCAUGGGGGAAAUGGACGUUUCUGAUCCAUAGAAUAUGCCUAACAGGCCUUAACUAGAGCAAGUUUUCAGUUUUAAGGCAGGAAGGGGUAGAAUAGUACAGCGGUGGACUACUGGAGGCUGGCAGUAGUUUGGACAUUGUAGAUGGAGGGCGUCCGAGAGGUGAGCCGGGCCUACUACUCAUUAGUAUCUGAGUCAUGACAACAACAUGGCCUCCAUCACCACAGCAUUGCGCACCAUAGUCUUCAAUCUGUUUGUCCUUUAUUGUCCAGAUAGGGAAGUGUUAAUUAUCCCCACUCGCCCAAGGUCACACACCAAGUCUGUAGGAGAGCAGGGAACUGAACUCUCUUCUCCCACAUCCUACACUGGCACUACUAGAGUUCCUUUAAGAUGACACACUCCCUUCCUACAGGGUCAGGACAUGUGGAAUUACUAGGCACUAGGGUAAGACUUACCACUUACAUAGCACUUUACAUCUUUAAGAUGCUGUGCAAACAUUAACUAAUGAAUGAAGCCACACAGCCAUGCCUUGUUGAGUAGGUAGUAAUAGAAUAUCCCAGUUUUACAGAUGAAGAAACACUUCCCAAAAGAGGCUAAGCAACUUUUGUACUAUAAGUCAACAGAACACAUUAGUAGCAACCACAUUAGUACUCAGGUGUUCCUAACUGUCCUAACUCCUCUAGUCAAUUUACUAGAUAACACUGCCUCUGCAGAAGGCUUGAUAGAGUAGCACCUCUAUUAAUAUAGAACAUUAAACUAUCCAUUCAACAGACUAACCCAACUCAGCUGUAUAUUUUGCAACCUUUUGAGGAACUGUAUUAGUUAAUGCUACUCAUAUAGGACCAUGCUUCUGGCGUCUAACGAUACAGAAGCUGCUGUACUCAGAUAUAGUUUCAGAUGGUCAUUAGCCACAUCUUUAGCCAACUUUUUGGUUAUACUUAUGCAUUUAUCAUCAUUUGGGCAAGCAGGGUAGAUAUAUUUUAAUUAUACAGACUUGAACUACUCAAAGUGCAAUUUUCAAGCAGUGGAUAUCUACAUUUUGCAAAUCACAGGUUUACCGGGAUGUCAGAACUCUGACAUUUUCUAGACUCAAAAUUGAACUUUUCAGGAUUGAAGGCAGGAUUAUUUUUUUUAACAAGACAAUUUAAUUUUUACCCCACACUCAACAUAUUAAAAUUUAGUCCUUCCAAAGGUGUACUUUAGGACAGACAUACUAACACCGUAGGAAGAAAUGACACAGCCUUUUUGUCAGUCCCUGCUGUAUUCUUAUUGUGGUCAUACCAAUUCAUUUACAUCAAAACAGAAGAGGUUAUCUAGUUUAGAUGACCUUCUAUCAAUUCCCGCCCAAUUUACAAAAAAACUCAAGCAUCAAUGGGGUAUUUUAUACAUCAGAUUUAGAAGAAAAAUCCAUACACUUUACAUACAAAAUGAAUUCGUGCCUUCUACAUAUGUUAAUUGCAGAAAGUCAUAAUUUCAUUUCACUUGGUCUGCAAACAGCUGUUUGAUUCAGCAUCAUGCUGACAAGAAAUGCAUAGAAUCUUUAUAAAUACUUGAAGUGCAUUUGUUGUGUUCUCAUUUUGGCUCAGUCUUUAACUAGUUUAGUUCUAGAAAGAAAUGUCACCCUAUUGAUAAAAGACACCUGCUCUAAUUUCCUUAAUAUUUUACUUGUAGUGUACAAGGAUGCAGUGAAGUGCAACUUAAAAUGUACCAUCAAGCUACUGCAUUCACCCUUCUGUUUUCCCCUCAGUCUUAUUUUCAAUAUUUCCUGUUGCUUAUUUAACACUUCCCUUUAGUAUGCUUUUGGUUCUUCCCCAUCACACAUUUGGAUAUUUAUUUUUAUAGCUUCUUUUUGUAAGACACACUAGAAGAUCAUUACUCAGAUUUAACAUGGGACUAUAAACGUAUUGGUGAGUAAAAUGUACCCACUACACCACCCCACCCCCCCACACACACACACUUCAAGUCUUCAUGGAUAUUGGUAUCAGAUUUUUAACCGACACUAAAAAAAAAUCCCACUUUGUGUAUGUGUUUGUGUGACUGAACACUGACUCAGUACAAACUAGGAUGUUGAUAUUAUAUGCAAUGGUCUAAGCAUUUCAUGCACACAUCUUUGCCAUUGUUAAUAAUCAGGAGAACUGGUCAGCAUAUCAAAGAUCCAAAUGGUAAGCGUGAAUCAUUUUUUCCUAUAAAACCAAGUAGUACUCUAUUCUCAAGCAAAGUCUUGAUGUUCCUGCUGCAGCUGCCUUAACUUAUCUUUGUAACUUAUUUAUAAGACUGUUCAUGCUCAUCUGUGGUUUUCUCAUCUUUUAAAAUGGGGCGGGAGGGCAGAUAGCAUUUCACAAAGCUGUGAAGUAGAUACUGCAAACAUGGUAAUAUUUAUUCUUGUUGCUGGAAGCCUGUUCGUGUGUUUCAUAUGUUAUAAUUGUAUAUCUUAUGGCUUUUUUCCCCCUUUAGAGUACAAAGCAAAACUGAAAAUUACAUGACAGCUAGUGUGUCCUUGACCCAUUAUAUUAAGACAGAUAUCCUAAGUUCUAAGUAAUCUCAGACUAGUACAUUGCAUUUUCCUAUUAAUAUUUUAUUUUAAAGAAAAUGGAUAUUUAUGAUUUUCUCAUUAAAAUAUUUUAGCUGCUAAUAUUAAGAGCUCAGACUAUAAAGAUUAAAAAAAAGGAAUGUCAAAUAUGGGGUUCAGAAGACAAAUUCUCUAAAGAGUUUUGUUUUUCUUGGCUUUUCACAUUUCAUUAACAGAAGAACCAAGAAAGGAAAGGGUUUUGUUUUUGUUUUUUUUUAAACUCUUAUGAUUAAAAUAUUUUUUGGAUAAUCGUUAUUGUGGAAGGGCACUGAGCAUAGUUUCAGUUUUGUUCUUUGUGCACAUAAUUAUGUCUCAGAUAAUCACAAAAAAAAGCCUUUUACCUUCCAUUUAUGGUGUGGAAACUUUGUCUUUGUGUACUGCACUGCAUGGGAUGCGGUCUCCAUGGUUGACAUUUGCACUUUAAUAAACUCAGAAGAAAAAAAAAAAUGAUAGCAACAAAUGUUUUAAAUAUAAACUAGAACACCUCAGUACUGUUGGACUUAUGAUUAGUCCAUUUCCCCCUAGUUGCCAAUAUCAAGAGACAACUGAGAAAAAUUAAGGUUCGCCACACAUAAAAGAAAAUGAACUUCCCCUUACGGAUCAGUAUUUCAUAAUCAUUUUGCCAUUGGCUUCAAGGGGCCAGGAUCUCACUUUCUGUCCCAGUAUUCUUGAAGUACCUCAUGUUUGGAUAUUUUAGACCUCAAAAUUUCACUGGAUUCCAUAAUAUUAAUAGCCAACCACCUUAACGGGAUGGAUGAAAUCAAUGUGACCUAGUGGUUACUAACACAA